CUGUUGAAGCUGUGGGAUCUUUCUCCAGUGCAGUCACCGAGCGCGUCAAAAUAAUAUCAUCACUGCAUCCUCACAUUUCAAUCCUUCAUGGUGCUGUUCUUAAACCAUGAAGGCUAAACGGAAGAUCUCAGGCUGAGCCACUAUUUUGUGGUAAGAGCGUCAGAUACCAAGUGAAACCAACAGAGAGAGAGAGAAAGAGGGAGAGAGAGUGAGCUUCACGCAAGCGCGUAAAGACGAGAUUGGACACCUGAUUUUGUUGGGUGUCUUUAGAGCGCUAUUCUACAUUUUAAGUCCCAACAAUCCGUGUUUUUCUUUUUUUUAAGGCCCUCUCGGUGCAGCGGGGGCAGAUAUCGUGGAUUAUUAUCAGCAAUGGACAAAUGGGGAAAAGAGGACAGAUCGCUGCGUUGACUUUUGAAGCAGAGUCUUGAUGCUGUAGCAUUACGCAUUUAUUUUACUGUGUGAGCGCUUUUCUUUUUCUUUCCACGUCUGAAUUACACUCUGUAUCUCAACAUUAUUUUUCAAAAAAAGAAAGUCAAAACAUCUGUGGAUAAGGAACAGAGCAGGGGUGUUGUCAGAGAGGGAAUGAGAGGAGGAGGGGGGCAGUAUGAGGUGUGCUUUUUUUGGAAAAGCCGGAGAAAGACGGACACCGAGAAGGUGUGCUGAUGUGCGAAAGCCUGCGACGAGUUACCCUCCUGAGAAAUAAUUGCGAUCGGGGGGAAGAAAUGGCCUAGUUAAAAAAAAAACACCGUCGACACACCGACACCGACAGAGGAUAGAAAAGAAGAAUCGUGUUUAGAUGGACGGGCCAUCAUCAUCGUCAUCCACAUAAUUCCGGGCGCUUGUAUCGAGUCUUUUAGGUGUAAUUGGCUCCUUGACUGCAGCUCUGGACCCAUCAGAAGUUCCACAGAGGAAGACGGAUGAGACCACAAAGUCCUACCUGAGAAUGCUACCUAUUCCACCACCUCACCAUGUCACCCUAGGAAAUCUGUUAACCUCUCCCCUUCCACAAAUCCUCUUUUUGCCUUUGUUAUCUCCCAUAACCCACUGAAUUUGUGAUCCCUAUCUAUACCCAGCUCAAGUCCCAGUGAUAUGACUAAAAGAGCCUUUAUUUUGGACAUGUUGUUUUUUCCUCUCAAUACUGCCAGCCACCAAGGCUAUGGUGGGAAACGUCAUUAUACUUCUCAGCAGAUUGCUAAUCACUGUCUGGCGUGGCUCUUAGGACUAGUGCUACACCUGACCCUUUCCUCAUGUCAACGGGUUGACCUAAAACACCCCAUAGUGUCCACAGCCUAUGGAAAGAUACGUGGUAUCAGGAAAGAGCUCAACAAUGAGAUCUUGGGCCCCGUGGAACAGUACUUAGGUGUGCCAUACGCCACUGCACCUAUCGGCGAGCGCCGCUUCCAGCCUCCUGAAGCUCCAGGCUCCUGGCAGGAGAUUCGCAAUGCCACCCAUUUUGCGCCUGUGUGUCCCCAGAAUGUGCACGGGGUGUUGCCUGAGAUCAUGCUACCAGUGUGGUUCACAGACAGCCUGGAUGCUGCAGCAACCUAUGUCCAGAACCAGAGUGAGGACUGCCUUUACCUCAACAUUUAUGUACCCACUGAAGACGGUCCGCUCACAAAAAAACAAGACGAGUCUACAAUGAACAGACCAAGGGAUGAAGAUAUUCGGGAUCGUCGUAAGAAGCCGGUGAUGCUGUUCAUCCACGGCGGCUCCUACAUGGAGGGCUCAGGAAACAUGUUUGACGGCAGCGUCCUUGCCGCUUAUGGAAACGUCAUCGUGGUCACCAUGAACUAUCGGCUUGGUGUGCUUGGGUUUCUGAGCACAGGGGACCAGUCUGCUAAGGGGAACUAUGGCUUGUUGGACCAGAUCCAGGCCCUGCGCUGGCUCAAUGAAAACAUUGGCCACUUUGGAGGAGACCCAGAGAGAAUCACCAUCUUUGGCUCGGGAGCCGGUGCCGCCUGUGUGAACCUUCUCAUCCUCUCCCACCACUCCGAGGGUUUGUUCCAGAGGGCCAUCGCUCAGAGUGGAUCGGCCAUCUCCAGCUGGUCAGUCAACUACCGACCGGUGAUGUACACCAAGAUCCUGGCCAGGAAGGUUGGCUGCACUCUUGGGGACAUGGCUGAGUUGGUGGACUGCCUGAGGAGGAAGAGUUUCCGGGAGUUGGUGGACCAAGACAUCCAGCCUGCACGCUAUCACAUCGCCUUCGGACCUGUAGUAGAUGGGGACGUGGUGCCGGAUGAUCCUGAGAUUCUAAUGCAGCAGGGUGAGUUCCUGAACUACGACAUAUUGCUGGGAGUCAACCAGGGAGAGGGCCUGAAGUUUGUGGAUGACAGUGAAGGAGACGACGGAAUAUCAGCAGCCUCGUUUGACUACACCAUCUCCAACUUUGUGGAUAAUCUGUAUGGAUACCCUGAUGGUAAAGAUAUCCUGAGAGAAACCAUAAAGUUCAUGUACACAGACUGGGCUGACAGGGACAACAGUGACAUGCGUAGGAAGACCCUCCUGGCUCUGUUCACCGACCAUCAGUGGGUGGCCCCGGCUGUCGCCACUGCCAAACUGCACGCCGAGUUUCAGUCACCCGUCUACUUCUACACCUUCCACCACCACUGUCAGACCGAGGCGCGGCCAGAAUGGGCAGAUGCAGCCCAUGGAGAUGAGAUCCCCUAUGUGUUUGGGAUUCCCAUGGUGGGAGCCACUGACCUGUUUCCCUGUAACUUCUCCAAGAACGAUGUUAUGCUCAGUGCAGUGGUGAUGACAUACUGGACCAACUUUGCCAAGACAGGGGAUCCAAACCUCCCAGUUCCUCAGGACACCACAUUCAUCCACACCAAGCCCAACCGUUUUGAAGAGGUCAUCUGGACCAAGUUCAGUUCCAAAGACAAGCAGUAUUUACAUAUCGGGCUCAAGCCUCGGGUCAGAGACAACUAUCGGGCCAACAAGGUGGCCUUCUGGCUGGAGCUGGUGCCACAUCUCCACAGCCUCCACAAGCAAAUCAUUAGUUCUAUCACAACUCGACUGCCGCCCAACCGCUGGAAGAGCCCUCCCAACUCUGGCACUCGCUCCACAUGGCACCCUGUAAUCUCCACCUAUCCACCUGAUCCUGAGCCCGAUGGUUCAGAGAGACCCCGCUAUUCUCCCUUCCCCGGUGAGACGAGGGACUACUCCACUGAGCUGAGUGUCACAGUAGCUGUGGGCGCAUCUCUCCUUUUCCUGAAUGUGCUGGCCUUUGCCGCGCUAUACUACAAACGGGACAAGCGCCACGAACUCAUGCAGAGACGCCACCGCCGACUGUCCCCACAGCGCACAACGAUGGGCAUGGGUGUUGGCAUGGGAGUAGUAGGGGCCCCACCGCACAAUGACCUGGCGCUGAGCCAGGAAGAGGAGCUAAUGUCGCUGCAGAUGAAGCAGCAACGAGUGGAGCUGGAGCAUGGCACACCCCUCCCUUCCCGCGGCGUCCAUGGCGACCUGGAACCCCUGCGGCCUCCUGUGUGCCCACCUGACUACACGCUGGCCCUGCGGCGGGCACCGGAGGACGUGCCACUGAUGACAGCCAAUACCAUCACCAUGAUCCCCAGCACCAUCAGCAGCAUGCAGCCCCUCCACCCCUUCAACACUUAUCCCCCUGUCCCGGCCCCCUCCACUACACCUGUCCCCAGCCACAGCAACAAUGCCCUGCCACACCAACACUCCACCACCCGUGUAUAGGACCAGGCACAACCUCUGCUACCCCACUCUGGGCUUACAGAGAUGCACCACACAAACUGCUCCAUACAAACUCCACUCUCACCGCCCUCUACUCCUCUUUACUAUAUCUUUGUCUUUUCUCAUUAAGCCCUCAAAUAAAGCUGCAGUUUGUAAGAUUUUAAGCAGUGAAAUACCUCUAAAUUGUAAUCAUGAAUCAAGGAGAGGGGGUUGAUUUAAAAAAUGCCCCUUUGCCAAAAGCCUGUCAUCAUAGGUACAUAUUGCUUUGCCCAGUUAAAUCUCUUUCAGUAUCUGGUGCUUAGGUGGGCCACCAGAAAUGCAGCUUUAAGCUUGUAGCUCUCCCUCAAAGAGGUAUAGAGCUAAUCACAAUCAGUCAGGCAUCUUAUGUGGAGCUUGGUUGUUUUGCGCAUGUGUUGUUGUGUCAGUGUAAAACUAUGUUUAACAUGGAAUACAAAUACUCAUUUUUAUUCAUUUAGUGAAAAGAUAAUACAGUAGCGAGCGGCUUUGUAUGAGGCAACAUAUGCCCAAACAAGCUGUCUGUCAUGAAGCGGUGAUUUCUUGAAACUUACAAAUUGCAGCUUUAAAGGCCCAAUCUGGAAGUGAAAUUUGGCACCCUGUGUCGAGCACUAUGUCCCAACAGCUGUCUCGGUUUUCAGAUUUUCGGAGACGUUUGUUUAGCGUGAAACGUGUUGACAGGGCUUAGACUUACGAACAAAUGAGUUUAAAACUUCAUUUUCUUCAAUUCCCAAAUUUGUAUACCUGUUUUUAGUUAGGAUGCAACCUAAAUGCCAUGAUUUUAAAAAAGUCUUUAUACUCACGACCUAUGCUUUUCAAAACAUUUCCAGAUUGGGGCUUCAACUGUUGGGCGGUACAGGAAAUAACUGAAUCAUACUCAGUCUGUGGGAUGCAACCUGGAAUCCAGGCUGCCCAUUAGAACUCGCUGCAUCUCCUCCACACAGGCUCUUAUCAUGUCCAUUAAUUUAUUUGUUUCUCGCUCAUUAUCUCACUGUCUGUAUCCCCACCUCAGCCCAUUUAACUGCUUCUCUCUUUUCGCUGCCUCCCUCUCUCUUCUCCCUCUGCAUCUGCCCUCAUAAAAUUGCUCUUUUUAUUAAACCAUUGACAUUAAUCCAUUUCCAUAUCUCAACUCUUUUUCCUCUUUCACGCAAUCACAUCUAGACUCUUUUUUCCUUUUGGAGUCUUUUAUACAAAAACACAAAUGUAAAUGAUGUAUUAUUAAUAAAUUGUAAGGAUAUGAAUGAAAAAAAGAUAUUCUGAUAUCUCGUUUUUACCAGCAUUCUUGGUGCCAAGUACUGUGAUAAAGUUCCUCUUUCACUGGCGUCCAGUGGACGGCCUGGAGAGGUCCAUCCUGACUGUAUCUUACAAAAGAAAUUACCAUCAUAAAAAGUGCCAACCCCUUCAUCUUUCUUUUUGAUCCACACACUUUUUUUUAAGUUAUCACACUCAAUGUUGCACUGUGGCUGGUCUCUUCUUUAAAGGGAAAUCAGAUUCAAUAUAUCCUCGUUUAAGAAAAAAAAAAGAGAAUAUAACGUUUUAUUAACUACUUUGCUGUCUGGGAUAUUUGCAUGAUGUUUUUCUUUUCUAAAGAGUGUGGACAGAGAAGUUUGUCAUUUUGAUGAUUUGCCUUGUUCUUCAUUGAUUCUUUUUUUUAAUUUCAUUUUUGAGAGUCAUUUUCAUUUCCUAUUUUAAUAUCAGCUGCACUUUGUGGUACUUCAAAAGGUAUUAAAGUAUUAAGAGAUGAAUAUUGUGUAAAACUAUGAUUAUAACAAAGAGAGUAAAUAUUUCCUCUUUAUUUUUUUCAUUUCCUAACACAGAGGCUGUGCCGCAAAACUACCAGAAAGACUGACGAAAGCCUUUUUUUCUCCCCCCCUUCCCCUCUUCUUUUUGCUGUUUCUCUUAUCUUUUGCAACUGUGACGUUUGCACAGUCACUGUCUCUCAAUCUCACCUGAAGAUAACACUUUUUUUUAAGUUACAAGAAAAAAAAAAGAAACGACUACUUCACAGGAAUAGUCUAAAUGAGGUUUUUGUCUGUGACGGACAUUAACCACAUGCUUCAAGAGUUUGAAGACUGCCUGACAGUUAUCUUUUCGUCUGGUCUUUUGUUGUUUCAUGAUUCUCCCCUCUUCAAGGUGGGAGAAAAAGGAUGAGAUAUAUUUAUGACGGUCUAAAGGUGAGAGAGCCUUGUACGCGCGUUUCACAUCUUUCGCACAAUUGAACACAGAGACGGGUCACACUCUGGACAAUACUGAAAAAAAAACCACCCCAGUGACAUUAGGACAAAACACUGGACAAAUGCCGGCAGUGAUUUAAUGGUGAUGAUGAAAUAGAUCGUCAACAAUGCGUCUGUUGAUGCACAGAGGAUGCAUUCUAAAAAAAAAAAACCUGAUUUGAAAAAGAAAAAUCUUUAAUGACAGACAUUACUCAUACACCAUACACCACAAAAGCAAGGCGGGCGGGAUUCAUUCUCCCCCUUCCUUGUAACAUUCUGUAUCCUGUCUGCUUAGGAUAACGACACUUUGGAGCCAGACUGCCAUCCCUCACACUGGACUGGAGCAAGCUGCGAGGACAAAAAGAAACAAAAACCAACACAUGAAACAAAACUGUACAUUUUUUAAGUGUAAGAGAACAAACUGGAAUUUGUAAAUAUUAUGUUUGUCGUUUGGUUUGAGUGAUUGGCCAGAUCUUUUCUUUGUGACAACAGGUGCAAGUUUCGAUGAUGAUUUUAGCACUCAUGCGUAUGUUUGAUUCUUCUUUAUUUCCUAGGUCUCAAGGUUGAAUUCCAAUAGGUUAUGGAAAAAAAGGAACGGGUAUGGCUCAGGUUAGCCUUGAUAAUAUGGUGAUAAAAAUGCUCUUACAGAAUAUAUGGCUGUCUAAAGCAUAACGUACACACCUGGCACUAUCCCAUCAAUCAUGAAGGCAGCUUUUGAGUAAAAUGACUCCUUUAAUUGGUUAAAAAGCCAAAGAACAGCUGCAGUGAACAGAUGAAGGAAGGGGAAAUAGGGAUGCUUGGAGAAAUGAGGCAGAAAAACAAGAGACAGAUCGGAUGUGAAAAAUGUGCUCAGAACAAACUACAAAUCAAGGAAUUUUACUUGUGACGCUGUUGGAUUUAAUUGUUAGUGUCUCACAUUGUCUUGAGCAUUGUCAUACAGUAUAACCUGUAAUUGGAAGGUUGUGAAGUCCUUUGUACUCUUUUUGGUCUUAUUUCAGACUCUAAUCAUGGUGGUUGUUUCGCUACCUUUUGCAAUUUUGUCUGCACAAUGUUUAUGGGAUUAUUGACCCAUCUGUUUGACGUGAGUUUGAGUUGCCCACGCUUCCAAAAGCAGCAUUACAAAGACAGUAUUUUUUUGGAAACAAGGGUUGGGACAGCCAACAGAUAAUGGAAGCACACUCACCAAGUUUACAUGUUUACACUACAGUUUUUAUGUUGGCUUAAGGUAAGGAAAAAAAGACAAAAGAGAAAAAGGAUUACAAGGAUCCAAAUAUCUUCUUAUUAGGCUGCAACAUUUAUUGCUGGACUGGUAAAGUGAAGGCUUGCACCUGUUCGUCUGUUUUAUUUAGUCGGAUUCAGUAACCUGCUUGAAGCUCAAGAUACUGUGAGAGAGCAUAAUGACCAGAAGGGGUUGAAAGAAUUAAAGUUAAUAUUUCUAUUUCAAAUAGAGGCUAUUACACACUGUAUGUUGUGUAUCUGAACUGGAAAACAUUAAAAGACA